AUGGCACUGCCGGCGCCCCUGCUAGAGAUAAUAGCUUGUGCCAUGAAGGAAACAGCCCCCUCGAAAUGGUGUCAGGCUUUCUUCGCCAUCGCAGCAAUCACCGCGCUAUCUGUCCAACUGAUUCCCAAGGCCUCUCAAUCCCUGCUCCUUGACUACGGCCCUCGCGCAACACAGGCCAAGUACGGCGCCCCCGGAGACCAAGUGGGCUGGCUCUACACGAGUGUCCGACUCGUCACGGCGGUGCAGGUGCCGCACUCGUGGUUCAAUCACUUUUACGCCGCGUCCGUGGCGGCAUCUGCCUUUUGGGCAUACCAGUACUUCGCUGGCAGGUCCUUGUUAUUGGCAAUAAUCACGAAGCAGGCAGCUGUGGAGGGCCCUUCCAUGGGGAAGGAACAGGUCUGGCUAGUGUGGAUUUUGAUGGCUCUGCAAGGUGGACGCAGACUGUUCGAGUGUUUCUAUGUCAUGAAGCCGUCCCGUUCAACAAUGUGGAUAGGUCACUGGGCUUUGGGCUUGAUUUAUUAUCUUGACAUGAGCGUUGCGAUCUGGAUCGAAGGAUCACGUAUGUUCCACCGCAUGGCACCCCGGCUGGCUACUAACCAUGCUGCAGGUUCACUCUUGCAUUCCAAGGCAGACACUGCAGUGUCAAGUGGCUUCUCAACCUCCCAGCUCGUGGGUAUCGCCAUCUUUACCACAGGAUGGUUGCAGCAGCACAAAUGCCACCAGUAUCUGGCCAGUCUGAAGAAGUACACCUUGCCUGAAGAGGGACUAUUCAGGCACAUCGUGUGCGCUCAUUACACCUGCGAGUGCCUCCUAUACGGCGGACUCGCCAUGGCCGCAGCCCCAGCUGGACGGUGGUUCAAUCGUACGCUCAUCUGUGGCUCUGGUUCGUCAUUGUCAACCUGA